UUUUUGUACAUAAACAUAAACAUUAAGUGAAACUGUGAGUCUGUGAAACAAACAAUGCUUGCUUGCAAGUUUCCGCGCGUAAGUACCUCGUACGUCGGUCGACGCUAGGUUCGUCCGGUACAGGCGUGACUGUGACGUCACGCGAGUCAUCGUCGCGCAACCCGCUCGCUCAGGCGCGCUUCGUCCGGUACAGGCGUGAUUGUGCAUGUUAACCGUCGACGUCUUCGGCCGCCGCGAGUGAUUUUGAGCGCGUUUUGGACAAGUUAACUCGCAGUGACUAUUUGAUUGGAUAAACUUAUAAAGUUAAACAAUUUAAAAGUAAUGGUGCUAACGCGUUCGCGUGCAAACAGUAUGAAUCGAAGUGCUUCUACUACCGCCACGUCGGCGGAUGUGGCUUCGCCACCGCUGCCUCGGCAGGACUAUAGUCCGCCAGGCGCUGCUGCCGCGACGUUGGAGGGCAUGCACGAGCCUUCUUAUGGGGCAACCACUACUGUUGCCGCGCCUCCUGCUGCUGCUGCGGGGUCAGUGACCCUAACCAACGAGCAGUUCGAGUUCCUAAUCAGUAGGUUGACGCGUGAUCCUGUGAGUACAACACCUUAUUCUGGCAAUUUUGCGAAGUGUACUGCGCGGUUUGACGGAGAAAAGUCAAGCGACGUGCGCACGUUUAUUGAUGCCAUUACCACAUACAAAGAGUGUGUAGGUAUGGAGGAGGGCAUAGCUCUCAGAGGCCUGCCUAUAUUGUUAACCGGCCUAGCUGCGACAUGGUGGCUUGGUGUGAAAUCCACUGUACAUUCGUGGGCACAAGCAGUAGAGCUGCUUCAGCAAACUUUUGGUCCACGCUUACCUCCAUACAAAUUAUACAGGCAGAUAUUUAGCAGAGAACAAGGCAAUAAUGAAUCGACGGAUGUUUUUGUUUGUAACCUUCGGGCGCUGUUCGCUCAGUUGCCGCCACGUUCGUUGAGCGAAGAGGUACAACUUGAUAUGGUCUAUGGAUUGUUGCAUCAACGCAUUAGGGAGAAGGUUCCUCGUACCAUGUUUUGCACAUUUGGCGAAUUAUUAAGCGAAACCCGCCGAGUAGAGGACCUUGUAGAUGAGAUUCGUCCAACAGUCUCAAUUAGUAGACCAUCAUCAUCAUCCACAUCAGCAACACAUCCUGACUUGCCUCCUUUGACGGAAAGCAAACGCCGUCCACACUGUGCGUAUUGCAAGCAAUACGGUCACUUGAAGGAGGAUUGUCGACGGCUUGCCACACGGCAGCACUCUACCGACACUUCGGACAGGAGUCAACGACCCGGCCCUAAACCUGGGCCGUCCUCAGCGCUGACGUCGCCGCCUAUUUCGUGUUUCGGGUGCGGCACUCCCGGUGUAGUGCGUUCAAAGUGUGCUAAGUGCUCAAGUUCAGUGCCUAAAUCAGUGAAAUCAGAGACAGUUUUUCAAUCUAUUGAUGUUACAAAAGGUCUUGAUUCACGCAUGCGACCUGUAAUUGACAUUAAAGUGUUCGGUGAAAUAGGACAAGUACUUGUAGAUACAGGUGCUAAACAUUCAAUCGGUAGUAAAAGCCUAAGAAAUCACUUAACAAAUAAUGGUCAAUGUUUUGAAAGCAUUCUAGUUGAACUAAAAUUUGCCGAUGGGCGUAUUUGUACUAAUUAUGUUGAUGUGGCCACGGUCAACGUUACAGUGUUAAACAUAGUACUCCCAGUGAAAUUUGUGAUGUUGCCUGAUGCAACUGAGAGUUUGCUAGGUAUGAACUUUAUUAAAGACAUUGGCAUGAUACUUGACUUCAAUGAGGGUACGUAUUCUAUUCGGAAUGUACGUACAAUUUUUCCGAUGAUAUUUGAGAAAAAUACAACAUCUCAACAGGUAUGCAGCUCGUCGUUAGGUCUUCGCGAGGAUGAGGGCACUAAUUUGGGUCCGGGUGACCGGAGCAGAUUAUCUGAACUCCUUAGUGUCAAUGAAGAUAUCUUCAAACCAGGGGGAGGACCGACGAGUUUAGCUGUUCAUCGCAUAGAUACAGGAAAUGCGCUUCCUAUUUCAGGCCCGCCUUAUAGAGUAUCACCUGCUAAGAAGGAGAUAAUACGGGCUGAAAUUGACAAAAUGCUGGAACUGGAAAUUAUAGAGGAAGCAGAGUCCGAAUGGGCUUCUCCGGUGGUACUAGUGCCGAAAAAGAACGGCGAGACUCGAUUUUGCGUCGAUUACAGAAAAUUAAAUGCGGUGACUCGUACUGAUAAAUAUCCGCUUCCCUUAAUCGACGACAUUUUAGCUACUGCCAAGAGCAAUUGCGUCAUGUCCACCAUUGAUUUAAAAGCUGGAUAUUGGCAGGUAGAAGUAGCUCCUGCGGAUAAGAACCGACGAACUGGACCCAUCUACAACGAAGGAGACCUCGUUCUUAUAGAAAGUCAUCGCCUUAGUCAGGCAGCAAAAGGAUUUACGAGUAAAUUUGCUCCUAGGCGCGAAGGUCCCUAUCGUAUUUCAAAAGUAGUUUCACCUACCACCUAUGAAAUUGUAGAUAGAGAUAGUAACCCUCGAGGGAAGUAUCAUGCCAGUCUACUCACACCUUAUGUCGGUGAUUCGAAUACCGCAAUCGUGCACGGCCGUAAGAGGGGAAGACCGCGGCGUAAAGUACCGGUUGCCAAGCCAUCCUCGAUGUCUUCUGAUGGCUUGGAGGGGGAGGAUAUAGCGCGCGAUGUUUUACUGCGAACCAGGAGUGCUGUGUCUCCCGUGACUGCCACUAGCCCGCUCCGCCGCUCGCCCCGCCUACGCACACCGCGCUCAUAAACUCCGGCGCCCCUCGUCGGCCAGUCCGUCUCAGAAAGGCAAACGGUGCGCGCGUCACGAGCCGCGGGGCCGGCGCGUUUUGUUUCUCACUGUUUUCUUUUGUCUUUUCUGCUUUGUAAUUUGUAAAAUCUACUUGUGUGUCACGUUUAUAAGAUUGUCUUUAGUGAAUAAACCAUUUAAACCUACUUA